GAAGUGAACGGGAUAGAGGAACUGGAAAAAUAAAACCGCAGAAGCGUUAUUUUCUCCCCCGAUUUAUCGCUCGCUGAUCUGGAAACAAAGGCCAAAUUGGCAACACGUACGCAUCGCUGUGUGAGAGACACUUAGUUGAGGCCGCGAAGAAGACAACCCGCUGCAUAGGGAGCACCGCGCGCACCGGAUAAAGAGGCCCCCCAAAAAAACAUCUUCCAUAAAGGGCUAAAACACCAUGGGAGGAUUUGGAAGCAAAAAUAUGGAAUAUUACAACUACGCCAGUAUGAAGCUUCUGGAAAGAGACAAAUACACAAAUGAAAAGGAAGAGGAAGAGGACGACCAAUACUGCAAGGAAACUGACAUCCGAGAAGCAGUCAAAAAAGCGAGAGAAAUACGAAACUGUAACUACAAAGAGUCGAUGGAUUUAUAUAUAAAAGCGUUGAAAAUGCUAAAAAAGUUAAAAGAAAAUAACUCCAGAAUAUAUAGAAAUGUCCUCGAAUUUGAAAUAAGGCCACAAGAAAUAGCUAGCAGUGCGCCGUUAAACACUAGUUUGGAAAAAAAUAUCCACAUGAAAAAAGAGGGCGAAACAAAUUACACGUGUGCUCCACCGAAUGAUAAUCAAGCCAUCUCGCUAAAUAAUAAAAUUGCAUCGCUGUACAACGAAAUUGCAGACCUUUGUUGCAUUCACGAUUUUAUAGAAAAAUCCCUCUUUUAUUAUGAUAAGGCUUGUUCGUAUAACCCUUCCAAAAUCGAUUACAUAUACAAGAAAGGGGUUUUAUUUCAACAAAUGAAUGACACGGAGAGGGCCAUUAACACCUUCAAAAUUAUUCUGUCUGCGGAGCCGAACCAUAUUCCGACGUUAUUUUCGCUGGGUAAUUUGUACAGAUAUAUAGAUAACCACAUUGCCCUUUCCUACUUUGAGGCCAUCCUGAAAAUCGAGCCAAAUAACACCGAAGUGUUAUCCCUCAUUGCGUCCUGCUAUGAUAACUUGGGGAAACUGAAUGAGGCCAUUUCGUAUCAGAAUAAGGCCGUCCAGAUCGACCCCGACAAUUUCAACCACAAGAAGUUUGCCCAGAGGCUCAUCGAAAUGAAGUCCCAGAAUUGAGUUCGCCCCUGCGCUUAGCCGUUUUCCUAAGCGGCGUGUGUGGCAGUGUGAGUGGUGGCGUGAGUGGCGGCAUGCGUGGCGGCCUCAUUAGGCUGUUCCACUUGCGCGCUCCACUUGGGCUCUCCCUUUUUUUGUGAUAUGCCCCCGAUCGAGGUUAAUUUUGUCCCCCCGCGAAAACGUGUACGCGUGCCCCUACACCCUCGGUACAUGCAAUGCAUGGCAGAGGUAGCCCCCGCGAGGUGCGCACCAGUGACCUUUCCUUGUGUGUACGCCGUUUUGUUCUUCCCCCAUCGAUAAAUUGUUAAAUCGGUUUACCGCGCGUGUGUGUACCCCCCCCUAUGUGUGUGCUUUUCUUUUUCCUUCCGUCCUGCCAAUUUUGCCCCAACUUUCAACCGAAGCGUACGUGCAUACCUACGGAUGCCCCG